CGACACGGAAGUGAUUCUAUCCUUUAACCCGCUUAUCGAUUAAUAAUACUACAUCACGUGUGUAAAGGUUUAAUCAGUACACUAAGCAAUUAUCUGAAAUAUGUUAUAUACCAUAAUAAUGGUAUAUUUGAACACUUUCGUUAUACACGAUGUCCAUGAUCUAGAACAAGCGGAUGUAUUUGAUGUGUAUAUAUUGAUUUUAAAAUGUCAUUUUAAACAUCGGAUAUGCAAGUGUUAGUUUGAUUAUUCGAAUUUGUUGUUUUUGUUCAACCUGUUUAAUAAUGUGUAUAUUCAGGUUUACAAAUAAGACCUCUAUCAAGCUACCCACGUUAUAAAAUAAUAAAUAUCCGACUUGGAUUUAUAUAAAAUGGAAGUAGAGAUUCGUUAUUCAAAGUCGCCUUACAACGAGGAAACAAUAGCUAUAAUAAACGAAGGAAAGCCGUAUGUGUCGCCGGAUGUACUCAACGGGAAGGGCCUCGGCGUUCUCACCACGUGCGUCUUCAUCGUCGGCGUCAUCGCUGGUACCGGGUUCCUUACGCUGCCCAAGGCGAUCGAUAAUGCCGGCUGGAUAGGAUUCCUGCUUGUUCUCGUUUGCUGUUUCCUGUCCGCAUAUACCGGGCACGUACUCGGCAAGUGUUGGACACUGGCACAGGAGAGGAACCCUGACCUUACUCAGGGCAGUAUUAGAUAUCCAUAUCCAGCAAUCGGAGAGCUGGCUUACGGGACAUUCGGAAGAUAUCUUGUUUCGCUAUCACUGAAUUUCACCCAGUUUGGAGGGACGGUAGUGUUAGUACUUCUAGCUGCUGAAAAUAUAGUAAAAUUGCUUCCGGAUGGGUCAAAAUUCAACUGCUGUUUAGUGGCACUUACUGUCGGCUGCGUAAUGACGCCAUUCACAUGGCUUGGAACGCCAAAGGAAUUCUGGGGUAUUGCCGUAAUAGCCACUCUAGCCACUGCGACGACGAGCAUCAUUUUGUUCGUGUCCGUCAUUAUUCAUAGCGCUGACAUUGACGUGAGUGACGUCACCCACUCUGACGUCACCGUCACGACGUUCUUCACGGCUUACGGAACAAUAUGCUUUGCGUACAACGGUCAUUCAUGCUUUCCGACAUUUCAGUCGGACAUGAAAGAACCGAAGAAGUUUGGGAAGGCUUUAUUCAUAGGAUAUUUAGUCGUAUUCGCGAUGUACACACCGAGCUCUUCUGUGGCGUAUUUUAUAUACGGGUCGCGGGUAGAACCAAAUAUCCUAAAUACGCUACCGAUGAGUGCGACAACAACAAUAAUCUCUCUUCUUAUGACAGCACACAUCUUGUCAACUAUUGUCAUCGGCAUUAAUCCGUUAUCACAGGAAAUAGAACACGUGCUUAAGGUGCCGGAACGAUUCACAUGGAAGCGUAUCUUGACUCGGACUGUCGUGAUGGGGGCCGUUCUGUUCGUCGCCCUUUCUGUCCCACAUUUCUCCUCCGUUUUGGCACUCGUAGGUGGCUCCACGAUCACCAUCCUCUCCUUCAUAUGUCCGCCUUUGUUUUAUUUGAAGCUAUGCAAGGCUACAAAGUCUACCUCAGAAAGAUACAUUCCAUUACAUACACGGGUACUUCUCUAUGAAAUUAUUUUUGUCGGACUGGUUGCCGGCAUAGCGACUUCUUACUCUGCUGUAUCAGAUCUAGCCAGUAACAAGUUCACCGUCCCCUGCUAUGUAGACGCCGUACGGGCAUGUCCUGCCGGUACCGGGGGAGGAUAAACCCAGCGGAACUUUUUUAAAAUCUGAAACAAGUACUUUACGGAUAGUGAGAGCAUUGAUGAACAUCUUCAAAUUAAUUGUACUUUACAGCACAUCUUAUUUAUCGGGCAAUUAUGGUUACGUUAUCUAUGAUUACUAAGUUGUUCACAUUAAAUGCAUGUAUACGCAA